AAAAUAACUUGAAUCUAUGCAUAAGGAACAGUGAAUAUUACUAUUCAAUGAAUGUCAUAUAAUUUUUGAUAAACUUGAUAUUAUUAUCAUGCUGCUAUUUUUAAAUACAGAUUCAUGAUUUUUUCUUUUCAGAUAUUUACGCCAUCUGUUUAUAAUAAGGGCCAAUAUAUGAACUAGAUGGAGAGCCAGAGCAAUGUCUCAGAAUUCAUUCUUCUGGGUCUCUCUAGUGACCAGAACGUACAAACAUCUUGCUUUGUGCUCUUCUUACUCUGUUAUGUUGCCCUGUUGGUAGGAAACCUUCUGAUUCUCAUCUCCAUUUGGUGCAGUCCUCUUUUUCACCAACCAAUGUACUAUUUCCUCAGCCACUUAUCCUCCAUGGAUAUCUGCUAUACCUCCAGCGUUACGCCCAAAUUAAUUGGUGAUUUGCUGGUGGGAAGGAAAACCAUUUCCUAUGGUAACUGCAUGUUACAGGUCUUUUGCAUGCACUUCUUUGGAAUAAUUGAAGUCUUAAUUCUUACAGUCAUGGCCUUUGAUCGCUACGUUGCCAUCUGCAGGCCUCUCCACUACAUGAUCAUCAUCAACAGGAUGAGGUGCAAUCUUCUAGUCUCAGCUGCUUGGGCUGGUGGGGCUGUUCACUCCUUUCCUCAAGUUUCUAUGAUAAUCCAGUUGCCCUUCUGUGGUCCUAAUGAAAUAGAUCACUAUUUUUGUGAUAUUUUUCCUUUGCUAAAAGUUGCUUGUACUGAUACCUCCAUCCCUGGUGACAUUAUGCUUGUCAGUUCAGGAAUGGUGGCCUUAGUGACAUUUGUGGUUUUAUUUUGUUCUUAUGUCAUUAUAUUAUUCACUUUAAGAAAUCACUCAGCUGAAGGAAGGCGCAAAGCCCUCUCUACCUGUGGGUCUCACAUCACUGUGGUCGUCUUAUUUUUUGCACCUUCAAUCUUUAUCUACCUUAGACCUCCUACUACUUACCCUGAGGAUAAGGUAUUCGCACUGUUUUACACCAUCAUUGCACCUAUGUUCAAUCCCUUAAUCUAUACAUUGAGAAAUACAGAGAUGAAAAAAGCCAUAAGAAAAGUUUGGUUUCAAGCAUCUUUAUAAAAAAAGAAAGGGUGGGGGCAGCUAAAUGUGGAAUCAGAGAGCUAGACUGUAUCUCACAGAUUAAUUGUUCCCUUGUUAUCAUUUCAUAAAUGACAGACAU